AUGGGUCAAGAGGAAUGGCUUGAAUUGGAAAGCGACCCGGGCCUGUUCACCCUUCUUGUUGAGGAUUUGGGCGUGACGGGUGUUCAGGUUGACGAAAUCUACGAGCUCACUAAGGCCCCUUCUGACCCCGUUCUCGGUUUCAUCUUCCUCUUUCGAUGGCAGCAAAAUGAAAAAAAGAGCGGCCGGCGAGGUUCUCGAGGAGGAACCGGCUCCCUGAACUCGUCUCAGGCCUCCUCCACAGCUGGCGACACGUCUUUCACGGUUCCACCUGUCGCUAGUGCUGCCAACACUUCACCGGGCAAAAUCCGCGGUUCUAACUAUGGUGACCAGCCAGUCUCCGAGUCCGUUUCAAGCGCACUUAAAGAUGGCGGAGGCGAUUGCGAGGAGAACCUCUUUUUUGCCCACCAAGUCGUACCCAACUCCUGCGCCACCCACUCCCUUUUAUCGAUCCUUAUGAACACCUCCCACCAGGCUGUCAAUCUCGGUCCUCUGCUGACGGAGUUUCGACGGGCAACACGUCCCCUCUCGCCGAACGUCAAGGGACUCGCGAUCGGCUUUAUGCCGCCCCUAAUGGAAGCGCAUAACCGACACGCACGACAGCAAAAUCCGCGUGUCACCCCAAAUCUCCCGCCAGCCUGUGACGAGGCUGCGUCUGUCGAAGUUGUGCGACGUGCCGUGGAGGCAGCGAAGAAAGCCGCGAGUGAAGAGGGCGACUCCAUCGUCGCUGCCGCCACCACCUCCACUGCCGCCUCCGCCACCGCCGCGGCGUCCACCUCACUCGACAACUCGACGACCAGUGCUGUAGACCAUGGCUACACCUUCCACUUUAUCUGCUUCCUGCCUGUGGGGCGCUUUCUCUACGAACUGGACGGCUUGAAACAGAAACCAAUCAACCACGGACUUCUCGAGGACCCUGUGACUCACGCCGGUUGGACACGACAGUGCCUGUCGCUGCUGCGCCAGCGAAUGAGGGAACAAGAAGUGCGCUACAAUUUGAUGGCUGUUGUGCCGGAUCGUCGACUCGCAUUGGCCUCUCGGCUAGACAAUCUGGAGAAGAAUCGCUCCAUUCUCGAGAAGACAAUUCAACAGCUGACCAACAGCAACGCCACCGCCGUCGCUAUCAAACUAGAGCACAAUGGAAAAUCGGAAGGAAGAGGAGGUACUGUUGGUGGUGAGGAAGGACACGGGUCGGCGAAUAAGGAGAAGACAUCAGCUGACGUUACCAGGGCCCCAGACGUCCAGUGCCAUCUCCUAACCACCGAGAACUACUCCGUGGAAGUCAAACCUGAGGAGAAGUUGAAUGGUGAAAUGAAAGUCGAAGACGAUAGCUGGACAAUCGAUGUUGAAGGGGAGUUGGGGGACGUAGGAGAGGACGGAGGACGUCCGGUAACUCGGGCUGCCAGUCGAGCUGCUGCAGCCAUGUCGAAACUGCCACCGCACUUGGUGAAACGCUCUUCACGGAAGCAGACCACUCGCUCCAAUGGAAGCACUGUCUCCUCGCCCACUUCAAUCUGUAUCGAUCUCACUGAGAGUGAACUCUCAGCCUCUUCUUCCACCGCCAACAACAACGCUCUCGUGGACGAGAACUCCGAGGCUUCUGCGACUUCCACGGAACUUUCAAAUGUCGAGGCGAAUGGUGACUCACUGUCCACAAAACAACCGACACCUUCACUACAAAUUGGCGUGACGACUCGUCGCCGCGCUAGCAGAGAAUCCUCCACACCAACUCAGUCUAGUCCUGCAUCAACUCCGGAAAAGGAACUGAGACACUCAAAGUACCCUACGAGAUCGUCCACAAAACGUGACACCCUUGCUUCUCACUCGCUUGCAAGUACCCGAUCAGCUGCUCUGCAGCUCCAUCCCCCGGUUCAUCCUGAAAAACCCGAGAAUGAGAUGCCAGCCACGACAACUGCCUUCCUUACAACUGAAAACCUCACCCAACUUCUGGAGGGCAUUGAUGCUCAGGCGCGAGCAUGUUCGGCGGCACUAGCGGAGGAGGAGUCAAAGCGUUAUGCCUACCGCGUGGACUCCGCUCGGCGUAUUCACAACUACGAUCCCUUCAUUCGCACAUUUCUGACCGAGCUAAUGAUCCACGGAUUGCUCCAUGGGCUGGUUGUUGAUGCCACUGGAGGCACUGGGGAAAUUACCUCUUCCGUGUCGGCUGCCGGCAGACAGUUACGAAAGCGAAAAUUGGCCUCCAGUACGCCGCAAAAGACUGCCUGGUCGUCCUCGUCCGCGUUGUCUACCUCCUCCUCAUCGACGGGUUCAACGUCGUAUUCCUUGCAGAUGCAGAAGAAGUCGAACAACGCUGCGGCAGGCGGUGCUCUCUCGCGGUUAGCUGUGAAGCGUGCCCGUCUGACGGCGGUGGGCAAUCGACCGUCUACUAGAUUGCUGACGGCUUCGUCGGGUGGCGUAGGAGGUGGUAGGAGAUCCUCGCGUCGGUCAUUGUGA